AUGUAUAGAACGUAUAGAGAUGCUUAUUUCCAAGAUGAUGGUGUUGUGGAACCAACACAUAAAAGAGAAGAGCCAAGUUUUACAAGUUUGUUGGAAGAUGCUGAAAUUGCUUUAUUUCCUGGUUGUAUGAAUUACAUGAAGAUGUCUGCAGUUGUUGUCUUGUCCAAGUUUAAAGCUAUGCUUGAAAUUUUGCGUGACAUGCUGCCAGAUGGGAACACACUUCCUGAUUCUUUUGUAUUCAACAAAAAAUUUACUAAAGACAUUUGA